GGAGCCGGUAGUCUCUUUGGAAACUUCUGCGGGGGAAAGAGCUAGGAAGAGCUGCAAAGCGGCGUGGGGCUUUUCCUCUUUUUCGCUCCUUCUAAUUACCCUCUCUUCCGUUUGCACCCUUCUCCCGACUUCACGCAGAACCUGCGAAUUUCGAAGAGGUGGUUGCAGAGUGGGAGAAAAGAGGUGUUAGGGUUUUGGAUCUGGGUUUUUUUUUUUUUAAUUUUUAUUUCUUGAUUUCAACAUUUUCCCCUGUCCUUGCGGCUCCAGCCGCCACCUUCUACCUGUUCCGCGCAGCCGCGCGCCGCUAGCAGCUGAGGGUUAGAAAGGAGCCGGGUGUACUUUAGAUUUUAAACAAAAAUUUUUAAGACAAAUCCAUUUUUCCUCCCCCUACCCCUUCUCCUCCACAGCCUCCGAGCUCUUUAUUCCGGUGGUUGCUUUGGGGUGAACAAUUUUUGGCUUGUCCCCCUGCACUUCAGACCAGGUCGGGCGCGGGGGUUGCUUGUCCAGCCCCAGUCCCAGUGCGUGCACCUGGCGCUGCUCUUUUCCCCCCAACCUGUUGCAAAUCUUUAAUCCUCGUGGCUGGGACUGCUUGCAGGCACCCCAGCCCUCCAACUCUCCCCACAUUUUGCAGUUGUCUGGGGGAAGGCACCUGCUCUACCUGCCAGAAAUAUUUUUUUAAAAAAUUUUCUCCGGCACCCUCCUGGCCCCUUUGUCCCUGUACUCUCGCUCUCCUGCCCCGCCCCAAGGUAAAGGGAGAGACUCGGAGAAGAUGGUGCUCACCGCGGUCCUACUGCUGCUGGCCGCUUGUGCGGGACCGGCCCAGGGCCUGGGCUCCUUCGUGCACUGCGAGCCCUGCGACGAGAAAGCCCUCUCCAUGUGCCCCCCCAGCCCCCUGGGCUGCGAGCUAGUCAAGGAGCCGGGCUGCGGCUGCUGCAUGACUUGCGCCCUGGCCGAGGGGCAGUCGUGCGGCGUCUACACUGAGCGCUGCGCCCAGGGGCUGCGCUGCCUCCCACGUCAGGAUGAGGAGAAACCGCUGCAUGCCCUGCUGCACGGCCGCGGGGUUUGCCUGAACGAAAAGAGCUACCGCGAGCAAGUCAAGAUCGAACGAGACUCCCAGGAGCACGAGGACCCAACCACCUCUGAGAUGGCAGAGGAGACCUACUCCCCCAAGAUCUUCCGGCCCAAGCACACUCGCAUCUCCGAGCUGAAGGCUGAGGCCGUGAAGAAGGACCGCAGAAAGAAGCUGACCCAGUCCAAGUUUGUGGGGGGAGCUGAGAACACUGCCCACCCCCGGGUCAUCUCCGCACCUGAGAUGAGACAGGAAUCUGAACAGGGCCCCUGCCGCAGACACAUGGAGGCUUCCCUGCAGGAGCUCAAGGCCAGCCCUCGCAUGGUGCCUCGUGCCGUGUACCUGCCCAACUGCGACCGCAAAGGGUUCUACAAGAGAAAGCAGUGCAAGCCUUCCCGUGGCCGCAAACGUGGCAUCUGCUGGUGCGUGGACAAGUACGGGAUGAAGCUGCCCAGCAUGGAGUAUGUCGACGGGGACUUUCAGUGCCACACCUUCGACAGCAGCAACGUUGAGUGAUGCGUCCCCUCCCCAUCCUUCCCUCACCCCAUCCCACCCCCAGCCCCAACUCCAGCCAGUGCCUCCCUCCACCCUAGGACGCCACUCAUUUCAUCUCAUUUAAGGGAAAAAAAAUACAUAUAUCUAUCUAAUUGAGGAAACUGAGGACCUCGGAAUCUCUAGCAAGGUCUCAACUUUGAAAACGGCAACAGCGGAGAUGAAAAAAGCUAAGGAGACCCCCCCACCCCUUUAAAUGGUUUUCUUUCUGAGGCAAGUUGAAUGAACAGGGAAGGGAAGAGAGGAAGAAUAAGAAGAAAGGAAGGGAAGAAGAAUAUGUGUACAAGAGAGGGAAAGAUGAACAGAGUCAGGAAAAAAGGAGGAGGCAUGUGGGCAGGAAAGACAGACCAAGGCGCCGUGGCAGGAUUCACCUUUCACUUGCAGUCCCGGCCCGAGCUGGGGAGAUGUUUGCGCACUAGGAGUUGUGGCCCAAGAUGUAGUUGAUGACACACUUGGAGCCUUCCCAGUUUAGAUUGGUCACAGGGGGAGAAAGGCAAAGACAAAAAGGUGUCAGCGCCUCUCCUGGGUCUGUCUCCUUCUCCAGCCAGCAAUGUGGGCGACUCGAACCCUCCUUCCUCUGCUCACCCCAGUAGAGUGUUCUCUCCCCCCAAAUUUGUAAACACUAAAUGCAUUCCAUUCCUCUCAAAACAAAGCAAAUGAAUAACCGAGGGAUAUUAGAUAGAUAGGUUUUCCUAAGCGGACACAUAAAUAGUAAGCGUGUGUUCAUAUUUCCCUGUGCGAACUUUUAGAAAUUAACACGCACCCCAACAGUAGGAGGACUCGCUCCUCCAGGGUGACUAAAACUACAUGCAGAAGCAUGUGGUUUAAGCCCCUCAAUGCAUUUGAUUCACAACUAGCACAGCCCUCUGUGGGGGAGGAUAGGCUGAAAAAAAAAAUGCGGGCUUGUAUUUAUCUACAAGGCUCCAUGUAGUCAUAUAUAGGCAUAUAAAUCUAUUUUUUUCUUUUUUUUUUCCUUCCUUCCUUCCUUUCAAAGGUUUGCAUUAACUUUCUAAAGUAGUUCCUAUGGGGGCAUUGAGGAGCUUCCUCAUUCUGGGAAAACCAAGAAAAUUCAUAUUCUCCUAACACAACCCAUAACACCAGUUCUGCCUGCUCCCAUAAGUAGCAGACUCAACCCUUUGUGGGACACAGUGUUGGAUUUUUUCAUGAUUUCCCACAUGCACACGUGUUCCCACGCACCACCCAGCCGGGUGGCUGAGAGCACUCGGUGCGCACCCGCCAUGCUCCCCAGCACGUCCCUGCAGACCCUCCGGAAGUAACCAUCCCCGGAGCCCACGCUGAGCAAGCCUGUAAGGCCCAGGUUUCACCUAUUGGUCCCGCCCAGCCUUUCAAAGUCCUGUGGGCAGAGCCUGCGUUUUGAAAGCCUCUCUCACUCUUCACGCUGGCAGAGCAGGAGAGAGACUGAACUGAGAGGUAGGGGGAGGCAGAUGGAGGUGAAGAGGUUUCAGUACCGGGGGGCAGUAAAGGUGAUUGUUCAGGCCAGAGAGAUGGAGGAAGGCAACAGAGGGCCAGGAGGACAUGGGGCUAACAGCCCCAUCCUAGCUUUGAAGCAAAGCAACAAAAAGGGGGACAGAGCCAUGGGACACAUCCAUGGCUUCCCACCCAAUAACCCCUCUGGGAUUCAAGAGGAAGUAGAGAGGAAAAUGGGGGGACAGGCUGUAAAAGAGAAAUGAACUAACGCCAGGCCUUAGAGCCAGGGAAGAUGGGUCACCUUAGGAGGGCUCUAGACUUAGCAGCUAAACCGGAGUGAAGAUCCGUAGAUUGGCCAGGUUUUGAAGGGACAAGACUUUGUGCUCAGGUGCCCAUCUUCCUCCUGCGGUGAGGAGCUGAGGCCAGAGCAUCUUUUAAGCUCUUCAUUCACUCUGGCCAGUUCAGGCUUCCUCCCUGGGGUGGAGGUUGGAAGAAAGGCCCAGGCCAGCCAGGGAAUGGGUGCUCAGGAGUGCUGUUCUUUGGCAGCCUCACUUUGACCGAAGGACACUCCCCUUCUCCACCGACUUCCUCAGCAAAUGGGUGGCUUUGGAGCUGCCCCCUGAGGCUGGAGAUAGCCUGCCAGGAAAGGGGGCUUGAACACUGGCAAGGAGACCCCUUCUCACCGUGAACCCAGCUCUCUCCACUCUCUCCUGAUGGCAUGACACCGUGGAGACCACUCCACCACUGAAUUGGGGGCAAUGAAGAGGGACAGCAAAGAAGCAAAUCUGUGCCAGCUAGCAGAAAACUUGCAGCUGUGGAACCUGGGGGAUGUCUCCUACUCCCCUGGACAGGACAGUUGGCUGGGGAUGGGAGAGGUGGGAGAUCUUCACAGGACAGGGCCUGACGGGAAUGGCAGCCACAAGGACUUACCUGGCCUGCUGUGUCAGCGCACCCCAUCUCUCUGUGCGACUGUCCCCAGACCCCCAACUCACAUUUCAAUGCCGUAGGCCAGUAUCCUGAACCUUCCCCACUUCCUUCUUUCUGCCCAUCCUUCCUUUGGAUCUUGAGCAGUCAUCUAACUGGGAUCUGCCAAGUGGAUACUGGGGUGCCAUUCCCCCUAAGAAAAGACUGAGCCAGGAACUGCAUACCCCAUCCCCACCCCUCCCCAGGCCUGGACCUGGUUCCUGAGAGGGGAUAUCCCCCCACCGAUGUUUACUGGACUUUGCAUGGGCCUCUGCCCCUGACGCCGACUCCUUGCUGUCAGCCACGCGGUGGGGAUCAUGGCCUGUUUAACUCCACCAGUCUCUUUAGAUUUCCAAAGCUCAUGACGACUAAUCCACACCUGUGAGUCUCCAGGGUUUGCAGGGGGUGAUUCGGGUCACCUGGCCAAUCCCUAGAGGACACUGGGCCUUCAUGACAGGUGGAACUAAACCUCUCCAAGGGGAGGUCUGGCCUGAGCCCAGAGUGGAGAGACCACGGGGACAGAGUCACUGGGGGCGAUGGAGCCCGAGCCCUGGGCAGGGUGGGAGGGAAGGCAGGGUGGGGCGCUGCCAGCUGUGAAGUCCUGGGCAGCGUCCCCUGGAUGCCAGGCUGCCCAUUGGCCACUGACUGCUCACCUAGAGACCUUAGGCUCCAGCUUUUCUGUGGCCUCACGUCUAAAUGCUGCCCUGCCCCUGCAACAGGAGAUCUCUCCCCAUCUCCCUUUUGACUCCUGCCUCACGCCAGCAGUAUAGACCGCACCUGCUGCCCAGUGAUGGAGGGAGACCCAGCCAGGACUGAUCCUCCUCCCCCAGAGCUGCCCUACCCCGCCUGGCAAGACAGGGCAUCUGGGGAGGAAGAGAAUUAAAAGUUUCUCAGACAGCCAGGCCUGGACAGGCAGGCCUGGGGACAUUCAACCCUCACACGGGGGAGGAAGGGAGGCCCAGGAGGCCCUGUAGGUUCCCACCUCCUCUCCCCCUGCCCAUUUCCCCAUCACCACCUUGGUGGUCUCCAAGGUAACCCUGCAGGGUCAGCCUCCUCUGGGGUCCGGGAGAGAUGGGCCUCAACCUCCCUCCUCCCACCAUCUAGCUCUCUCGCAGCCACUAGGCUGCCAUGGCAACCGCCGGGCCCCUUGGGAGUGGGCACUGCUCUCCCUCUCCAUACGCUCAGCUGCCUAGAGGGCUCCAGCUCAGAAUGGGAACCUAGAGAGGAGUGGGCCAAGAAGAAGCAACAACCCUCUGGUCUCACAGAGGACAAUUUGGGCUUCCAAGAAAAAGGAGGCUACAUUUUAAGAAGUGGUGGGACAAGGGAAUGGGGUUUUACCUGCCAGCAACCUGGGCGUUGUACUGUCUUUAUUUUUGAAACCACUAAAGUGCAAGACACGUUUUGCACUUUUCUCCACUUUUUUUUCCUCUUAGGUUUUUGUGUCUUUUUUUAAACAUACUUUCUUGGUUUUCUCGUGGAGCAUAUAGUUUAGCCAUCUCCACAGACUCUGGCCUCCUCUCUUUAACUCCUUCUGGGUGGGGAAAGGGAGGUGGGAGGGCCACCGCCCCGCGCCCGUUCCCCCGCUUCUCUGGUCCCCGGACACCAGCCUGAGUCCCACCUUCCGCCACCACUGCCGUCACACAGUAGCCCACACGGAUAGACAGUUGUCAGACAAGAUCCUUCAGAUUCCGAGUUGCCUACCGGUUUGUGUUUUUGGUUUUGUUUUUUCUUUUUUUUUUUUUUUUAAGACAGCAAUAACCACAGCACAUAUUACUGUAGUUCUUGAUAGUUUUACGUACAUACAUACCAUAGCUCUAUUUUCUCCUCUUUUUUGUUUUCAACUUUUUUAAAGAAAAUAAAUGCUCAUAAUCUUUACUGGUGAAAAGGAUGGAUAAACAAACCAACAAACAAAAUCAGUUUGUGGUGGAAAAAAAAAAUGCGGGGGAAAAAAAAAUCAUCUGAAUGCGGAAGAACUCGCCUCCUGUUUAGCAUUUUGUACCUAAGGAAAUAAAAACGAAAAAAAAAACCACCAGAGGAUCUCACGUUUUAUUAAAAAGGUGAAGAUUGCUGUAUACUAUUUAUUCAACUUAUAAUUUAUGUUACUCCUUGAUCUUUGUCUUUUGUCAUGACAAAGCAUUUAUUUAAUAAAGUUAUGCAUUCAGUUAGCCUGCGUCAGCUUCCUCCGGGACCCAGGACUCUCCUCAGGCCAUGCUCCCGAGGGAAGGACAAAGGACCAGGUGGAGGCAGGACCCUGGGGAUGCCCCAGCCCCGCCCUCCCCUCCAGAACUUGGGUGUCCCCUUCUCCAUCCCUUCAGAACUGUUUCAAUGAGUUCAUGUACACCAUGCACUUAGAACAGCGAGUAGUCAAUGCAUGUUCAGCUACU